UAAGUCACUUGAUCCAACGCUGCAAAGUUUGUUCAUAAUCAUAACAUUCCUUUGUGAAAUAAGAGUGGUGUAUAAAAGCAAUCUGGUGUAGUAGGCGAGUUCGCUAGAUUCCUAAAUGGCUUCCAAAGGAAAAAAAUCAGUGGCAGUGGAGAUCCCAGAAUGCCCAAUAUGCCUGGAGACCAUGACCGUGCCGGUGUUCCUGUGCCAGUCGGGGCACAGUCUGUGUAACUCCUGCACGCUGGCUCUCUGCCCUCCAUCAUGCCCUAUCUGCCGACAACCCAUGACGCAGAUGAGAAACCGCUCGCUUGAGGAACUCAUUAACAAGGCCAAGUCGCCAUGCCCUAACCAGAGUGCUGGCUGCGUAUUUUCGCUGCCCGGCGCGGCGAUGGCCGACCAUCUCAAGGAGUGCCUGUUCCGUCCGCGGGAGUGCCCGCACGCAGUCUUCGGCAGGUGCUCUUGGAAUGGUGAUCUAAGGCGGAUGAUGGAGCACUUCAAAGAGAAGCACCCGGGCCACUGCGUGGCCGAGGUGGACCGCGAGGCGGGCUGGAGGCUGCAGGUGGACCAGCUGGACCUGAAGGAGUGCGCGCGGCACGUGUUCCUCGCCGCGCAGCAGAACUUUCUCUUCAUCAUCACACUCAAGGUGGACACCAUCCAGCGCAUGGCCUACUGGGCGAUCCAGCAUAUCGGACAAAAGAAAGUCGCCCAACAGCAUCUCUACGAAAUACACGUCAUCAGCCGACGAGACCAGCAGCGCAAAGUCGUCUUCACCGAGCACUGCUUCAACGACAGUAUGAAAACUGAUGAGGUGUUCCGGCAGGCCAACUGCGCUGUUAUGCCUUUAGACAUGCUGACCCAUUUCGUAAUGGAUAAGAUUCUCUCCUUCCGCUUUGUUAUCAAGAGGUUGAAUAAAGAUAAUAAAGAGAAUGUUGGUCAGGCUCCGAGUAGUAGGGAGUCCUCUGUUUCCAGGGGCCGGGAGGCCUCGCAGGGCCCGGAGACGAGAGGCCCGGGGCCGAAGCCGCAUUGGAAGAAACAUCCAGGACAGAAACCUGGUCCUAAGAAAUUCACAAAGACUCAGGCUUAAAUAUUAAUAUUGUUGUGCUUUUUCGAGUUUUAUUUUAAGUUAAUUAAU